CAAGGAGUACCAGUUCAUCGGUAUGAGAUGCUCCCAAAAAUCACGAAGCUUAUAUUGGCGAAGUGGUGGCUAGUGACAAAUAUUUUGGUGAACGUUUUCUUCAAGGUAUUAUUAAGCGCAUACCUGCUAAUGCCUUAUUACGAAAACUGGACUGGGGUGGACGAUCUUUUGGAUCGAGACUUUCGCUUUGUGGCCUCGCAUGAUGACUACCGAUUUCUGACUCACUCUUGUACAAGACCGACGAAGUUUUGUAUAGAGUUUCCAAAAAGGGCAACAGCUGUCUCUGACAUAUGUGACACGUUCAGGGAAUUUAGAGCUCCGAAAGUGGCGAUGAUUAUAGAGCGAACUUCAUUCAUGCACCUUGUGAAAAUAAACAGAUGCAAGCUUCCUCUUAGUUUUUACAUGUUCGUGACAUAUUUCCCGCUGGAGGUUGGAGCAGGCUACCAGUCGCCGAUGUUCAGAAAGAACUCUCCUUAUAUUGAGAAAUUUUCAUCUGUAGUACAGAGAAUGGUUGAAAGCGGCAUAUCCCAAUACUGGAUGCGACCUAGUGAUUCAGGAACAAAAGUUUUCGACGUAGACCUCGUAUGGUUCAUUUCCCAUCCACGAGACUUGGGAAACUUCAAAUCCAGCUUUUGUAUCCUCAUAAUUGGACUCAUCCUGUCCGGUCUUGUAUUUAUUUGUGAAAUAAUGUCGGUGAAAUUCAAAUUAAAUAAGUUGACUAUAUUUUGGAAUGAAACCGUCAAAAAAAUAAAGUGCUAG